UCUCGUCAAAACAAAGCGGGGGCGAGCCAGAGAGAGAGAGAGAGAGAGAGAAAGAAGGAGAGCGAGAGAGAGAGAGGCGGUUCAUGCCUCAUGAAUGAGUCCCCCUCCACCGCACCGCAGGUCGGACCCUUUAUCCGCCUGCACCCCGAUGCCCGUGAGGGUGCGCAGACCGGCGGGGAGCAGUAGCAGAUCCAGCCGCCGAUGAGCCCGGACAGAGAACACUUCCCCCCUCGGCACUACAUGACCGUUUCAUCCCAUCAGGAGCAACACGACAGGAUCAGGAACGAUGCUUGACGGACUCCGGCGGAGGCACGCCUCCCGGCCCUCCCCCCGUCCCCUGUCACUCAACUUCAGCACCUUCUCGGCCCCUCCCCCGAGUCCAGACAUGGACAGCAGCAGCGAGCAUCCAAUCAGGAGGACUCUGCACCGGCUGAAGCUGAUGAGCUCUCCCAGCCUCAGCGAGCUGGGGAAGAGUGAGAAAAGUUCGCCGGAAGACAGAGGGGAGAAGCAGAAGAGGGCCGGAGCCAACGCCACCUGGAACAGCAUCCACAAUGCUGUCAUAGCAGUCUUCCAGAAGAAGGGCUUGGCUGAUAAUGAACUUUACGUCCUUAAUGAAGGUGUCCGACAUCUGUUGAAGACCGAGCUGGGUUCCUUCUUCACAGAAUAUCUUCAGAACCAGCUGCUGACAAAAGGCAUGGUCAUCCUACGGGACAAAAUAAGAUUCUACGAAGGUCAGAAGUUACUCGACUCUCUGGCAGAGACCUGGGACUUCUUCUUCUGUGAUGUCCUCUCGAUGCUGCAGGCCAUCUUUCACCCGGUUCAGGGUAAGGAGCCUUCUGUCCGACAGCUCGCCCUGCUUCACUUCAGGAACACCAUAGUCCUGAGUGUCAAGUUAGAGGACGCCCUGUCUCGACCGCGGGCUCGCGUGCCUCCCUCUGUUACACAGAUGCUGCUCAUUCUACAGGGCGUCCAUGAGUCGCGUGGUGUGAACGAGGAGUACCUGAGGUUAGAGUCUCUGGUCCAGAAGGUGGUCUCGCCCUACCUGGGCACCCACGGACUUUACUCCGAAGACGAUGAUGAAGCACAUUGUUGUGUUCUAGAGAAGCGUCUACCGUGGGGCUGGCCCAAGUCAGCGGCGGAUCAAUCGUCUAAAAACCCUGUGGUACGAUCGAAAAGCUACAACAUUCCUCUGCUGCUGACCCCGGUGGCUGAGUAUGACCCAGAUGCCAGCUCGGUUGGCAGCGGAGGAAUCCGGCGCCACUCGGCCUGCGAGAUCAUAACAUGCCUGGAGGAACAAGGACUGGCCUUCGCUGACCGGGCCCCGGGCUCUGAGCUGUCUGCCUCCUCCUCCAACAGGCUGUGUGUGGGCUCCCAGUUCAACGGUCUCGUUCAAGCAGGAGCCGGCGCCCUGGACUUGCCUCUUUCGUCUCCCUCCAUCCUUCCCCUUCAUUCCUCAGGAGCUCUCCACGGCACCGAGGCCACAACAACAAUGACUGAUCUCAGUAAGGGUGCAUCCUCCACGCCACCCAGUGAAUCAUCCAGCCCUGAAACCAUAAUUGGACAAGUGCUAGAGUCUGCCGACUCAGACUCAGAUGGGAUAUUUAUCGAUUUCCCACCUCACUCCUCAGAGGCAAUGGGGCUUAGCCGCGAGAGCAGGCAGAGCACUGUGUAACUGUCGCUGCCUUUAGGGACGCACCCCGAGUGUGUGCAGGAAUAUUUUGGGAGAAAAUGGGAAGAAGUCUUAUAACUACAUUUCAUUAAGAUGGGUACCAUCUUCCUCUUUUUUUUUUUUUCUUUCAAACUGUAGUACGAUGAGUUUCCAUGACGAGUCUCUUCCAAGUGCUUUCACUGGUGGGUGAAAACCUUUUAAUUGUUAAGGAGCGAAGACAAACACGCAUAUCAGACAAGACACAAAGUGGUACUGUUAUCAAAGGACUGAAGAUCUUUAAGGAUGCGUCUGAUGGUAUCUUAUGUUUUUCUUAUUGUCAACAAAUCCCUUGGAAAGGCUAAAAUCAACAAUGAAUUGAUCCAGUAAACAAGUAUUGCCUCUUUGGUCAGAGGCUGGUUUAUCUUAUUCCUUUGUGAGCUUUAUUUUGGUGAGCCAAAUAGUUGCAUGGUCGUGGUGCCUUUUUGUUAGACGUUGGACUGUAAAUAGUCGAUGGAGCAUCCAAUAAAUGUAAUUAAUCCACGGCAGAAGAUAGUCAGUGACACAGUAUUGCUGCAACUGUGCAAAGAUGCACAAACCUGCAACAAAAAUUAAAUUUAAAGCAGUUUUAGGGAAAUAUUUGCCCUAUCUAAGAAUAAAACUCAAAACAACAUUCAGUAGGAAUGAAUGCUUUUAACGGUGAGAUCCUGGGAAGCUGCAAAAGUAUCAAGAGACAGGACGAGUUUUAUUUAUUUAAUGGGAUUUGUGACAAUAAGAAAAAUACUAAAAACAGAGAAUAUUGUUCGUCUUAUUCUUCAACCCACUGAGGAGCAACUAAAGUUAAAUUACAAGGUUUUCACACAACAGGAGAUUUUCUUACCUCUGCUGAGGAGACGACCAUCAGAGCCGUCGUUCACGUGGGAAAAAAAAAAGACUAAAACUUUACGUCCCGUUUUGGAAUUUCACGGAUUUGUUUUGUAUAUGUGUAAUCUGAAAGACCGGUUUUAUAUCUUCUGUCUGCGCUCUGUCGUGUGCUGCUUGGUAGUAAUGAGGUCUUCUGCGCUCACGUGUCACCAGCGCUCAUAGAGUCUAAUGCAAAAUCCUUAGAGCAAACAUCGGUGUGACAGCAUUUUGCUUUUCCGUAUUAGCUUCGGAGUUUGAGGAACAUGACAGUGCUUAUUGUUUACAUUUGACAAAGACAUGAGAAGUUUUUGACUGAAUGUUGUCUCACACACUGUAUUUUGCACCACCACUACCUUGUAAAUAAAAGUGCUUUGUUGGUUUUUUUUUUAUUUUUUUUAGGACAGCUAGAUAGUGUAAAGUGAGCAUUCACCUUGAAAUGAAUUCAGAUUUUAAUAAGGGCUUUUUAACUGAAUCUUUUUCAAUGAUGUUUUACCUCAAGCGUUUUGUACUUUACUUUUUUGACAAUCUAUGAUGUCUACGGAGUUGUACUUUGUAUUAAUUUGUUAUACUAGCCCAGUAAAAAAAAUAAAUGCAUUUGAUUAAUAUUUAAAA